AUGGUAUUUAAAACAUUCUUCCUGGGUGUAACUGCCUUUAGGCGUGGUCGGCGUUAUGAUAAAUUGAAUCACUUACCUGAAAACAACAAGAUUAAAGGGCGCUGCAGGCGGCGUCAACUUUAAUCUACAAAUCCGAAAGCAAAAUGGUGGAACAAACAAGACAGAGAAGCAGUGUCAUAUCCCUCCAGGCAGGACCUAGCGAGGUUGACAACAGCUCCCUGUUUGAUGCAAAUCUUAGAAUGAACGUCAGAGAGAUCCGGGCAAUCAGUCAGCAGCUGGCAGAGAUAGGAGACCGGCUGAACCGAGAAUGGGCAGAGAGAUCCAACCCAGCCCAGUGGCCCCCAGCUCUCCGCAUGGCAAGACCUGCCCAAGCCCUGACCAGGGACAUCUACAGGGGAAUUAGAGGACCAUUCUGGGGCAUAAGGAGUUGGUCUGCUGUGAUGAAAGCUUGCAGCAUAGCCAUUUCGGCCAGUCAGGACACCCAGAGUGCUGAGGCGUGGGCAGCCUGGGUAUCCAGUAUUCAACAUGUUAACUGCACUGGCUGGUCCACAAGGGUUCUGGUGGCUGUAGCCCUGGUGGCCACAGCAACCAUUUGCACUGCAUUCUGGGAGAAGUGGAAAGGCUAACCAUUGCACUGAAGGGUCAUGGGCUGGUCUUUGGCCGCAACAUAUUUUUGUUUUUUAUCUUACAAAGUGCAUUCUCUCUUUUAACUUCUCUAUUCGAUUGAUUGUUAUAAGUGGUAUUGAAUUUGAAUUGAUGUGCAGGAUCACAGAGGUUGUUAUUGUCAACUUGAAAACCAAACUGGUUGGAGCAUGUUUCAGAAGACCAUUGCUGGCCUGCAGUAUUUUGUAUGAAGAUUGAGUCUUUUACUGGUUAAUGAGGCCAAUUGGAUUAGCAAUUUCAUCAUGUAACCUAGCUUGUUUUACCAGUCAAUGAAAGCUGGUCUUUCAAUUACACAAUUGGACAUUCAUUACUCUAUCAUCAAAAUAAAACUUU